UCUCCAAGCCUCAAAAGGCAUUCACCCACCCACAUCAGUGAGAUAGAGUGUCGUCUCCUUUGUUUCAACUCCUUUUUAAUGGAUUUGUUUGUAGAAGCCCCAUCUGAAAAUCCUCCCAAAAACAACCUAACACACUCUCCCACUCUCCACAGUAUUCAUCAAGAACUGCAGCUGCACCAAGAAGCAUCACUAGGGAUCAUGAGCAACAAUAUUAACCCAAUUGCCCAAAUUCAAGAAGCUGAUCAGAAGCCCAAGACUACCAAGAGGUAUAUGCUUCUUUUGGUGAUCAACUACUUGUGCUUGUUUGUGGGUUCAGUCUCUUCUAGCUUGCUGUCUAAGUUCUAUUUCAUCCACAAAGGUUCAAGCAGAUGGGUCUCUACUUGGGUCCAAUCUGCUGGUUUUCCUCUUCUUCUCUUCCCCAUUUACCUUCCUUAUUAUCUCUUUAAAUGCACUGAGAGAAAACCCUUUGAUAAGUUCACUCAAAGAAAAUUGAUCUUGUCAAUCUUUGUAGGCCUCAUGUUAGGCUUAAACAAUCUUCUCUUCUCAUGGGGCAAUUCCUAUCUCCCAGUAUCAACCUCGUCUCUGCUUUUAUCAUCACAACUCGUCUUUAAUCUCAUUCUCUCAGUCAUCAUAGUAAAACAAAGGAUCACCUUUCAAAAUCUCAAUUGUGUAAUCCUUCUGACACUUAGCUCAGUCCUUCUAGCCUUAGGUUCAAGCCACGACAGGCCUCAAGGCUUAACCCCAACCAAAUAUUUCAUAGGGUUCUUCUCCACAAUAGGAGCAGGCUUGUUAUUUGCCCUGUACUUACCAGUGAUGGAAAAGAUAUAUAAGAAUGUCCAGUGUUACGAAAUGGUGAUGGAAAUGCAGCUAGUCAUGGAAAUCGCAGCCACCGCUCUAGCCACCGUAGGGAUGGCAAUAGACGGAGGAUUCAGAGACAUUAAAAGAGAAAGCAAGAGUGAAUUCGAUAAAGGAGAGACGUGGUAUUGGAUAACAGUAAUAGGGAACGUAGUAACAUGGCAGAUGUGCUUCAUGGGGACGGCGGGGAUGGUGUUCUUGACGUCGUCGCUGACCGGAGGGAUAUGCAUGACGGCGCUUUUGGGCAUGAACGUGGUGGGAGGAGUAUUAGUGUAUGGGGAUGAGUUUGGUGGAGUGAAGGUGGUGUCCACUUUGCUUUGUGGGUGGGGAUUUUGCUCUUAUGUGUAUGGAAUGUACCUUAAAAUGAAGGACCAGAAACGGCUUCAGGAAAGGGAGAAUAAAAAUCUUGGGAUGGAGAUGGUUCAUGUUGUGCAUUGAUGGUUAUCAUCAAAUUUUAUUUGCUUUGUC